UUUCUUCUACCAAAUCUUGAAAAUAUUUUAUUCUCAUAUAUCUAUGGAAAUAACGGAGCCUCUAGCUAUUUUAAUGGUGCUGAUUAACUGUAAUUCUACCCAAAUCUUUUAUUCUUGCAAUAAUGGAAACAACUGAGCCUGUGUACACAGCUACUGGUUGUAAUUUUGUCCAAGUUACAAGUAUAUAUAGCUCAUUUCACCACGUUGUAUACAAUAAAACCUUCACAAAUAUAAAGAAUUUCCCUUCUUCUUCUCUUUCCCUUCGUAUCUUUCUCUUCAUCAUCAACAUGGUGAUGAUAAAUAAACGCAAAAAGCAAACCCAAGGCCGUCAAAAAAUAGAGAUCAAGAAGAUAGAAGAGAAGAGCAAUCUACAGGUGACGUUCUCAAAGCGUCGUGGGGGUCUAGUCAAGAAAGCAAGCGAGCUAAGCCUUCUCUGCGGGGCACAAGUGGCCAUUCUUGCCUUCUCUCCAGGGAAAAAGGUCUUUGCGUUUGGUCACCCCGAUGUCGACAUGGUACUUGAUCGUUAUCUCAGUGACAGUUCUACUGCUAGGGAACUAGGGGCCGUGAGUAAUAAUGACCCUCAAGUUCAACAAUGGAACAAAGAGUACGAGGAGGCAUUGAAAGAGUUGGAGGAGGAGAAGAAGCAGGUGGCAAUGGCUGAACAGUGGAAUAAGGUGUGUGAAAACGAUGUUAAUGCAAGGUUCUGGUGGGAUGAACCUAUUGACGAUAUGGGGUCGGAGGAGCUUGAGGAGUAUGUGAGGGCCAUGGAAGAGUUAAAGAAGAAUGUGGCUGCCAGGGCAAAUGAGUUAACCAUGGCUAGCGAUCAUUUUGGUAAUCAAAAUAUGAGUCAUCUUGAUCUUGGAGUUAAUGGUUUUAGUCUUGAAAAUGUUCUAUUUUAAAGAAUUUGUAGCAACAAAAGAUAUGGUAGGUAUGUCUAGAAUCUGGAUCAUCUUGAAUGUCCUCUGUCUUGAUAUAAUAUUGCUGAUGGUAAAAAUAAUUUGCGAGUAGAUCAUGGUCUCUGAUC